CCCGCCCCUUCCCCCCGCCCGGCCGCCGCCGCCGCCAUGGAGUCGAACAGGGACGAGGCGGAGCGGUGCAUCGGCAUCGCGCUGGCCGCCGCCAAGGCCAACCAGCCCGACAAGGCCCGCCGCUUCCUGGAGAAGGCGCAGCGCCUGUACCCCUCGCAGCGGGUCCGCGUUCUACUCGAGUCACUCAACAAGAAUGAGCAAUCAGCCAAUGGCCAGUCCCAGUCCCGGGAGUCCACAAACCCUCAGUUCAAGAAAACGAGCAGAGACUUCCCGUCAGCCAACGGAGAGGCUGGUGGGGAGGCCCCCAAGGGCUACACUCAGGAUCAGGUGGAUGCAGUGAAGAGGGUAAAGCAAUGCAAAGAUUACUAUGAAAUUCUGGGAGUAAACAGAGAAGCUUCUGAUGAGGACCUGAAAAAGGCUUACAGGAAACUUGCACUGAAGUUUCACCCAGAUAAGAACCAUGCACCAGGGGCUACGGAGGCAUUUAAAGCCAUCGGUAACGCGUACGCCGUGUUGAGCAAUCCAGAGAAGAGGAAGCAAUAUGACCAGUUUGGAGAUGAGAAGCUCAACACUGCUCGGCACGGGCACAGCCACUCGGACUUCCACCGCGGGUUUGAGGCAGACAUCUCCCCCGAGGACCUUUUCAACAUGUUCUUUGGUGGUGGUUUUCCAUCCAGUAACGUUCACGUGUACAGCAACGGCAGGAUGCGCUACACCUACCAUCAGAGGCAGGACAGGCGAGAGCAUCAGGGCGACGGUGGCCUUGGGUUGUUUGUCCAGCUGAUGCCUAUCCUCAUCCUGAUCAUUGUGUCUGCUCUCAGCCAGAUGAUGGUCUCCAGCCCACCCUACAGUUUGAGCCAAAGGCCGUCCGUGGGUCACAUACACAGGAGGGUGACAGAGCACUUGAAAGUCAGCUACUACGUGUCUGAGAACUUUGCAGACGAAUACACGGGCACGAACCUGAAAAACGUGGAAAGGAGUGUGGAGGACGAUUAUAUUGCAAACCUUCGAAAUAACUGCUGGAAAGAGAAGCAGCAGAAGGAAGGCUUGUUGUACCGGGCACGCUACUUCGGGGACUCGGAUCUGUACCAGCGAGCACAGAAGAUGGGCACCCCUAGCUGUAACAGACUGUCAGAUGUUCAAGCCUCCCUGCACGGAUAGUCCCCGCUCAGCAGAGGGCUAAACUCUUGACAUGCCUGAAGACUUUUGGUGAAGUGCACUGAGCUGAGGUGACAGACUUGAUAUUUAAAAGAAUCAAACCUUAUCUUAAAAAAAAUGGAAUUGGAGAAUUAGCAACGCACAACUGCCCUCAUUCUUCUCUCUGCCCGUCUCCGCCGCUCCACCCACGUCCCGGGCAGCGAGCGGGACAGCAAGUCCAGCUGCCUGUCUCCCUCCUUCCCUUCUGGCACCGCUGGCAUGCGACAGUCUCGUCGUUCCUGGGAUCCCGCAGCCCCGAGAGCAGACACAGAGUGUAAAUCAACACCCACUAACUGCAGAAUGCACGAACCAGAAGGAGCCCCUUCGCCACGGCCCCGAUCACUGCCGACGGACAGAGAAAUCAGACAAUUUGGUGAUCAAAGACAACUUGAAAAAGGAAAAAAAAAAAGAAAAUAUAAUCUAUUUAGAAUUAAUUUAUAGCUGUAUAUAUGUUGUACUUUUAAACUAUGCAGGGGUUGGAUGAUUAAAUUAUUUUGUUUUGUGCCCGGUUUGGUGAAGAGGGAAGUGGGAAGCCUCUUCCCGGGGGUCUCGCUCUGCAGUGCUUUCCUGCCCCACACACUCAGAUGAGGGUGGCUUUGCAGUUCCUGUGCUUGGCAUUGGAGGACAGCAGCGUUCGGCAGCUGGGGAUGUCGAUUCCUGCCUGUCAGGUUUUAAUAAAAGAAAUUCCAAAGCUGGGGGAAGGGGGAGGGUAACGAAGAAAUGGGGCAGGCUGCUGGGACUGGUGGUGUGGGUUUGCAGUGUGGGCAGAAGCCGCAGUGGGUCAGCUGAGCCCUGGCGUUGCCCGCGCUGACAGGAAGGAUUGUCCUGGAUGGUUUUUGCUCAUCAGUGGUCGGGUUUUAUUUGUGCACGUCACUCUUUUUUUUGCAGAGUCUGCUUUCAUUUUGCCUCGUAAUCAGUGCGCAGCGUUGGUUCGUGCACAGAGGGCUUUCCACCUGCCCUCGCCUUUGUGCGUGGCCCACGCUUGGGCUUCCUCCCCCACCAGCACUCCCGUUUGCUAACGUUUCCUGGAGGAGACCUGCAAAAUCCUGCUAAUUCCUAAGAAACAGAGCUUUCUAUUGCUUCUGUUGAAAGAAGUUUGGCCGGGGGAGGUGAGAGGGAGCACCUCAUCUCUCCUUGGACCCGCUCUGAGCUCUGCAGCCCGGCUCUUGCUGCGUCCUGGCCAGGCAGGGCCGCCGCUGGGAGCCAUCUCUUCAAAGCAAAGCCCAGCACGAGCGGAGCCGCCUUCCGCGGAAUAAACUGCAUCACGUUUUGGUUUUAUAGUACUCUGCAGUUCACUUUUGUCUGAAGACAUUUCUAGUGAGAACCAACCCCCUGACACGCUCCGGGGAAUGAAUCAGCAGCACGGCGGCUCCCAGGAGGGGUGGCAGGGACUGGGAGAGGUGAGAGGGAGAGCAAUUUUAUCUCUUUGCUGUUAGGAAUCCCAUGUGCUGUCAGCUCUUUAUUUAUUUUGCAGAAUGCCAAUGUCCCUGUUAACUGCAGGCCUUGUUCUCCCACAGACUUCUGUGUUUGCUCCCAAGUUGAGGGGCUUUUUUCUUCUUUUCCAUUUUCUUUAAGCGAUUCCUCCACCCUUGGGAGGGAUGGGGGGAAGUAUGGCAUUUGGAAGUAGCUCUUCACAGAGGCACAGGCUAGCAGGCACGAAGCAGUCACGGGGAGGGGGUUAAACAAACAGGAUGUUGGCAGCAGUCUGUGCCCAGCCAAAACCUUCAGAUGAUUUUGUUGGGUUUUUUUCAAGUAGAUCCCCAUGGAUAACAACGAGUGAGAGGGCGUAGAUCCUAAUGGAUGCUGAUAGAGGCUGUAUCUCUUGAUUUAGAAUUAAUAUACAAUUGUACAUCUAUAAAUAAAUGUUUAUAAGGUGAAA